AUGUCACACAUUCAGGAUAGACAUCAAGAUAUGUCGAUUGAAUCCCGUCUCUACCACUUAUUUGAGACGGAUAUCCUUCAAACCGUUAACGAGUCUAAGCUUAACUAUGAGUCCGAGUUGGUCAAUCACUACACUCAGAAACUCAAACUUAGUACUCUUAACUGGUGGUACCAAAAGGAUUUGGUACCAAAGAGAUACCAAUUUAGAAACCAAAUUGACUCGAAUGUUGAAGUCUUAACGAAAAGACUUGAACUCGAGCGGUUAUCUCACAUAAUCAACCAAUUGAAUACAAAUAUCAAAAAGGUUGAUCAAAUCACUGACGACCUGCAAGCCAAUACCAAAUCCAGACUCAUGGAAGCCAUGGAAUCUUGUAUUGAGACUAUGCAGUACGAUCCAGGCCAAAGAAAUUUGGAAACCUUGGAAAGAGUGAAAGUCCUCUUCAAGAUAAAACUCGAUGACCUUUUAUCGGAACUUACAAACGAGUUCUACUUUAUACAAAUAAAACAGACUCAUCUCUGUAAGAAUAAGACCGAGAAAGCAAUCAAGAAGCUUGAAAAGUUUGAGGAAGCACAACUCAAAGAUGCUGUUAUGACUACUGAGCAAACUAGAGAUAUUCAUGCUCCCACGUCCUCAUGUUGCCAUUACUGUCAUACUCUGAAUAAACAAGAGUACAACAGAAACAACAGUUCCGGUACGAAGAAUGUCAAAAAAUCCAAUGGAAAUAACAUGACAAACCGUACCAGGAAGGAUGGCCCACAGUCGAAACCUCCCAGGUCUAACAAGUCAAGACCAUAUCAAAGGGAGACCUCAACAAGGACUAGCCAAAAAAACUGGCUGAACUCUCUUACAAAUCUGCAACGGCAUCAAUCCAAACCAAACGUAAGAGAGUCCAACAGAGGAAAAAACCAGAAAAGAAAAGGUCAAAGAAAGCCGGUGAAAAAUUUUUCCUAA